AUGGUUUGUACCUCCUGUAAAUUUCACAAGUUGGAAUGCGCUGCGCGAGAUGAAAGUCCGACAAGAUCGGAAAUUCAACGAUGUCUUGGCACUACGCUGGCACAAGUUUUUUUCGACUACAGUCAUCAGGAAGCUGUGAAGCUGUUAGAUUCAGCCGAACAACUUUCACAACAAUUAUGUUGCGCCUCACAAGACAGUCAGUUAAAGGCAGAUGCGAUGGUAGCGUGGAUGGAAAAGCAGAAAAUUCUUAAAUCGUAUCUACAUAGUGACAUUCUAGCACUGGGCGAAAGAGAGCUGAAGAAGUUUCAGGCAGAGAUCGAAGCAAUGAUGCAGAAAAAACUGAGGGAUGAAUUUGCAGAGGAAUGUCAUAUACUCGAAUCUGAAAAGAGGUUUAUCAUUAGACGCAACGCGGAUGAAAUUCAUUCUAAAUAUGAGGAAUAUUUCAAGGGCGCUCAGCAGGAAUUGACAGAGAAGUUACAGGUAGAGUUGAUGAAUAUAAAUGCCAAAUGUAAUGAGAAAUUGCAAAAGGCAAUCAUAAAAGCGCAAAUGGAUACAACACACGAUGUGCUAAGAAAAAUUCGGCCUCAGAUGAAUUGGGUUGUUACAUCUCUUUAUAAGGAACUUGAGCAAACUCGUCGGGCACAGAAAGAAAAAAUGAUUGUUGAUUUUAAUAACAUUAUGAGGGAACAGCAUUUCAAACUUGAUGCAAAGAUCAAGGAAAUUGAGAGCAAGAAAAUGGAACAGUUGCGUGCUCAGCGUCAUGAACUCGAAAUACAAAAUGUAAUGAAUAUUAUUUGUACUUUUUUCAUGGAAAGAUUACGUAGCAGUUUACAAUUGCAAAUAAUAAACAAAUAUUUUGAGGAAAAGAUUAAAUCCUUACAUGAACUUAUCGCUAAACAAGAAGAAACUAUAAAUACAAUGAGUGAGAAGAUUACAAAAUAUCGCAAUAAGAAUAAAAUGCUUCAAGAAAAAAUUAAUGCUCUUACUAAAGAAUUUCAAAAAUUUAUAAAUUUUGCAUUUAAUACCUUACCAGAACAUGCCGACUUUUUAUUGCCAUUAGAUUUACUUUCUGUAAAUAGUACAAACAAAGAGGAUAGUAAGCAAGAAAAAAGCGACAAAUAA